GCUCGGGGGACCGGGAUGGAGUCGGGGGGGCCGGGAUGGAGCAGCGAUGUCACCUCCCCAAGAAGGGUCUUUCCCACGGGCCGGUCUAUAAAGGCGCUGCGGCCGCGGGGAGCGGCGCGGUGCGGAGGUGCGAGGCAGAGGUUGCUGAUCCCGGCGCUCGGAAGCCCUCGGAGCGAUGCCAUCCUGCCACGUGCCGAGUUUGAGGCAUCCAUCCAAGUGGAUUCUCCCGGCUCUCCUCCUUUUGCUGGCUGAGCUCGCCUGCGAUGCCCAACCCACGUACCAGUGGAAGGAUGCUGUGACGAGCGAGAGGAUCACAUGCCAGCAGUGCCCGCCGGGGACCUUCGUGGCACAGCACUGCUCCAAGGACAGACCCACGGUGUGCGAGCCCUGCCCGGAUUUGCACUACACUCAGUACUGGAACUACCUGGAGAGGUGCCGCUACUGCAACGUCAUCUGCGGGGAGAAGCAGGUGGAGGUGCAGCAGUGCAAUGCCACGCACAACCGCGCCUGCCAGUGCCAGCAGGGCUACUACUCGAACAUGGAGCUCUGCAUCAGGCACUCCGAGUGUCCGCCGGGCUCCGGGGCUGUGAAGCCGGGUACCCCCUUCGAGGACACCCAGUGCCAUGACUGCCCCUAUGGCUUCUUCUCCUCCAACUCCAGCACCAAUCCCUGCCAGCCACACCAGGACUGUGAGCAGCAAGGGAAGGUGAUCAAUGUGCAGGGCAACAAGUACCACGACACCCUCUGCACCUCCUGCAGACCGGGGAGAGGCAACAGCACAGAGGGAGCAGCUGCAGAAGAUGACGACUGCGAUCAAGCCAUGAUAGACUUUGUGGUGUAUCAGAACAUCCCCGUCAAGAAGCUGAAGCGCCUGCAGCAGAUCCUGGAGCGCUCGCCGAAGAAGCAGACAGCAUGGACCAAGGCAGCCAUCCAGGAGAAAUUCCGGGCUUUCCUCACUCACAAGAAGGAGGAGGACUCUGAAGUCACCAAGGAGCUGCUGGACGCACUGCGCAUGGUCAAGCUCCACUCCAUUGAGGAGAAGGUCCGCAAGCGCUUCCAGCUGGCCUGAGAGCAUGAACCGGGCUUUUUGGGUGCUCUUUGUUUUGGUUUUUAUCUUCUGAGGCUUCAUUAAUUUAUUCAUCUUUCCAAACAUAACUUGAAAAGCAGCAUGAGAGAUGAGUGAUGAAGUGGCAUCGUGCCAUGGCAGCUGUGUCACUGCUGAUGGGAUGGGAUGGGAUGGGAUGGGAGGGGAUGGGAUGGGAUGGGAUGGGAUAGGAUAGGAUAGGAUAGGAUAGGAUAGGAUAGGAUAGGAUAGGAUAGGAUAGGAUAGGAUAGGAUAGGAUAGGAUAGGAUAGGAUAGAAUAGAAUGUGUGAGCAGCAGCUUCCCCUUGCCAGCAGCAGGGGCAGCUCCUGGGAGCUCACCAGGUGUUGGCCACUGAUUUUCCAGCCCUCAGCAAGGAUCAGUAUUUUAUCAGAAUAAAAACCUGCAUCCAGGGUCAUUAUUUCUGGGGAAGAACGUGGUCCCCUUUAUAGAAAACUGUUUGGCUUUGUUUUAAACUGUGUAAGUUUGGGCUUGCUGGGGGGUUUAGUAAUUUAACAGUAUUUCCUACAGAGGAAUUGCUUGCAUUUUUUUGACAUGCUAUUGUUUGAGAAGAGAGUUUGCUGCUGAGGCACAGGAAGGGGGAGGAUGCCCCAAACUCACUGGUACAGCUCGCUUGAAAUUUAUUUCUUAACUACCUGUUUUUAUACCAUGUGUGAAAGAUGUUUUCUAAAGAAAGAAAGCAAAGAAGUUAUUUUAUCAUACAACUCUCUGUCACCCAA